CGUCCGCCGCUCCCUGUUAGCUAAAGCUGAUGUGGUUCAGUUUCUGCCACAAAACGAGCUCCAGCUGCGGCGUGUUUUACUGAAAACAGUCCGACAGAGAGCUCAGGUAGCGGCCAGCGGCCUCCCAGGUGUGUUUAAGCGGACGGAGACGCCGUGGUUUGCUGUUCGGGACUGUGGGAGUGGUCGCUAUCCGCCUCGCUGGUAGUUCCUGCGGUCUGAGGGUGAUAAAUCCUAACGGCUGUGAUAAGAUGGCCGACUGCGUCUCUAAAGUGGAGCUGACUGUCUCCUGUGCCAACCUGCUGGACAAAGAUGUCGGGUCCAAGUCGGAUCCUCUGUGUGUGCUGCUGCAGAAGGCAGGAGACAAGUGGACCGAGCUGGGUCGCACCGAGCGCCUGAAGAACAACUCCAGCCCUGCCUUCAGUGAGCGGCUCAGACUGGAUUAUCACUUUGAGACGGUUCAGAACCUGAAGCUGGGAAUCUACGACAUCGACAACACCAGCCCUGACCUGGGCGACGACGACUACCUGGGAGGGGUGGAGAUAACGCUGGGACAGAUCGUUGCCAGUAAAUCUGUGACCAGACCUCUGCAGCUGAAGAAAGGCAAACCUGCAGGCAAAGGAACCAUCACUGUCACAGCCGAGGAGAUUAGGGACAACAGAGCCAUCGUGUUGGAGCUGGAGGCCAAAAACCUCGACAAGAAGGAUACGUUUGGGAAGUCCGAUCCGUUCCUGGAGUUUUUCAAACAAGGCAACGAUGGAAAGUGGCAGCUGGUCCACAGAACAGAGGUGGUGAAGAACAACCUGAGUCCCACCUGGAAGAAGUUCUCUGUUCCUCUGCAGACGUUCUGCAGCAGCGACCUGGACAAAACGCUGAAGGUGGAUUGUUCCGACCACGACAGCGACGGGUCACACGAUCUGAUCGGUUCUUUCACCACUAAAGUCUCUGAGCUGCAGAAAGCAGGACAGGGUUCUCCGGUGGAAUUCGCCUGCAUCCAUCCUGAGAAACAGAAGAAGAAGAAGAGCUACAAGAACUCUGGAGUCGUCUUGGUGAAGAACUGCAAGCUGGCGACUCAGUACACCUUCCUGGACUAUGUGAUGGGCGGCUGCCAGAUCAACUUCACCGUUGGGAUCGACUUCACCGGCUCCAACGGCGAUCCUCGCUCGCCCAACUCGCUCCACUACCUGAGUCCGGACGGGCUGAACCAGUACCUGUCUGCUCUGUGGUCUGUGGGUCAGGUGGUUCAGGACUACGACACGGAUAAACUUUUCCCAGCGUUCGGUUUCGGAGCCAAACUGCCUCCAGAUUACCAGGCGGCGCACCACGAGUUUGCCCUCAACUUCAACCCCACCAACCCCUACUGCCAAGGAAUUCAGGGGAUUGUUGAAGCCUACCGGAUGGUUCUGCCUCAGCUCAAACUGUCCGGACCAACAAACUUCUCCCCCAUCAUCAACCACGUCGCUUCCAUCGCCGCCAGCGCCGCUCAGGCCAACACCGCCUCCCAAUACUUCGUCCUCCUCAUCCUCACCGACGGAGAGAUCACAGACUUCGACCAGACCAGAGACGCCAUCGUGCGGGCGUCGCGGCUGCCCCUGUCCGUCAUCAUCGUGGGCGUCGGGCCGGCAGACUUCAAGGCCAUGGAGCUUCUGGACGGAGACAACGGCGUGCUGAGGUCGACGGUCGGGGAGGCCGUCGCCAGAGACAUCGUCCAGUUCGUCCCCUACAGGCAGUUCAAAGACGCUCCCCAGGCGGCUCUGGCUCAGUGUGUCCUCGCCGAGGUUCCGAACCAGCUGGUGUCCUACUUCAAAAUGAGAGGCCUGGACCCACCGAAACCACAAGCUGCUCCCAAAUCCUAAACCUUUUACCCCCCACACAUCCUAAACACACCGCCUGCAUUCCCAAAGCCCACCUUCAUCUCAUUCCAGGUUCGGAUCACGCUCCCCCGCAAGCUUCCACCUCCAACAUCGACCAAUCUUCAUGGGCCAACCUGAUGUGUCAGCCAAUCACAAAGCAGCACUCUGCUGUCAGCCAAUCAGGAUGCCAGGGGCAAACAUCCCCAGUUCUUUUUUUUAUAUCAGUUUUAUAACCGCUUUGUUUCCAGAUUGCUCUCUUUAAGAAGUGGAAUGAUAAUAGUAGAGUACAGAUUAUAUUUUAUUCCUUCUGCUGCUUCCACAAUAUCUAUGCAGAUCACACGUGCGUUUGCUAACACGUGUGAGAUAAUCGCAGAGCCACACACGCACACAGAAAACACACAUCAUGUCGGCCAUUUUGGCUCCACAUUCCACCUGUCUUACUGUUGCCGUAGUAACAGAAGAAGGUCACAUCACCUGAGAGCUAAAACCUGUAUGUUGUUGGGUUUUUUUCCCCUUCACUUCCAUACAGUCUGAGUUUUAUCACAGCAACCUCUAGUGGUCGUUAGAGGAACUGCAGCCUGUAUGUGUGUGUGUGUGUGUGUGUGGACGCUCUGAGUAGCUUUAUUCAUCAGGUGCCAAUACUUUGCACUUUGCUCUUGCACUUAAUGCUGGAAAACUGUAUAUGAAUGAUAUUAUAUACCCCUAGUCAUAGCUUUAACCUUAUAGCUUUACUAAAAACUUUACUGUUGCCUUCGUGUGGACUUUAGUGUCGCUGGUGUGACGCUGCUCAGCUACUUUGAAUGUUUCCGGACUGCAACUCUCAGCGGUUUGUCGAUGCCGCCAUCUUGGCUCCCGGCGUUUCAAACACGAUGUCAAUGUUGUUUUCAGUUCAGCUCGUCAUCAGUUUAUCAUCCUGAGCGUCACGGCAUCGUCUGAACGCAGCCCUCUCUGUUCAGUGAUCAUUUAAAAGCCCUGAAAGUGGUUCGGUUCAAAAAGUUCUUGUGAAAAUCGGUAACUGUCCUUGAUUUGAAUUUAAUCUUUAUCCUUGUUCAAGUCGUCUCCUUGUGCAGGGGCGCUCUGCUCCCAGCGCUCCUGCAACUCUUGUACAUGUGAAGCUGAAUCCCUUAAACCGAGUCCGACCAGUUAACUGUAAGUUCACUUUGGGGAAGAGGAACUUUUACGCUGCUUUGGAGCAUUUACGUGCCAUGGCGCCACGGUUCAGGUGGUUGGAAUGUUCUUGAAUGCCACGCAGCACGACUCACGACAAUUACCGCUCGCACGUGUCGCACAAUUGUGAAACGAACCGUCUGCGGGCUUAUUGAUCAACCAUGCAAACUUUCGCUGCCGUGUGGACACAGAAAAUCUGAUGUUCUUCCCUACUAGAGAUAAAAACAUCUUUAGAACAGAGUUAAAAAAAGAAGUGACAUACAAAACGUAGAGGACAAUUAAGUUCUUAAAGCAAAGAUGGCAUCUGACUGUAAAGUGCCUUAUUGAAGAAAACCCUCUGACAGAAACUGGAAUGUUUGCUGGGAGCCAACAGACGGUCAAUCAUCUGAAAAUAUGCAAACACGGUGGCUUCAAGUUGAAAUUCUGAUUGAAGGCAAGACUCCGUUAAUCGUUAAAGCCGCGUUUCUUUUUCUAGGAACUAAGAACGUUUUGAGGAACUCACUUCUUCUGCCUUUUGUUCUGUUGGAGCCGCUAUCAGCCGACUCAUUCACUGGUAUCUUCAUGAGGCUUUAUUUUGGAGUAGAAAAAGCUUUAGUUCCUCGGAGUGGCUCCUGGGACGAAGCGUUCAGGGUGCUUUUGGUGGAAACGCAGCCGAAAAUGUUGUCAGACGAACAUUUUACACGCCAGCUGAGCAGCAUCACACCGGCGGUUCUUAAAGGUCCGCCAUGUUUCUGUGUCAAUGAUCUCCUCAACUCGUGGAAUAACCUGAAAACAACAGUGUUAAAGAUGUGUCAAAACUCAUAUGUACUGCAGCAAAGCCUCAUUUGAUGUCAUUCAGAGGUACAUUGAAAUAAACCGCUGCCAACGCUUCACCUGUAACCACUUUAAA